CGGCGCGAAAUCGUUUUAAUUGCAUUGCGACGGCCGACGGAAUUGAAGCAAGCAGAGCAGACGAUUCGAAGUCUAUUGAAUUUCGAAAAUAUCAACACAAAAUAUUCGAAACAGGCACACAGAUACAGCUGCAUACAUACACACAUACAUACAUAUGUGCAUGCAUGCAUAGAUACGGACGCAUACAUACAGACAUCGGGGAGCAAUAGGAAUGGAUGUCCACAUCGGGUUUCCCAAGCUGCUGCAGAUGAGCGCCAAAUUUGUCGGCCACAAGGUGCAGCAGUAUCGCCUGUCCACCAGCCACACGGUCGUCGUGGCCACCAACUAUGGCCGGGUGCGGGGCCUGCAGCGCAAGACCGUCUACGACCAGGAGCUGUACUAUGCCUUUGAGGGCAUACCCUAUGCCAAGCCGCCGGUGGGUGAGCUGCGCUUUCGUGCACCCCAGCCGCCGGACCCGUGGAAGAGUGUGCGCAACUGCACCACGUACGCCGAAAAGCCGCUGCAGCGCAACAUGGUGCUGGGCCUGAUAGAGGGCUCCGAGGAUUGUCUCUAUCUGAAUGUGUACGCAAAGAGUCUGCGAUCGGAGAAGCCGCUGCCCGUCAUGGUGUGGAUCUAUGGCGGUGGCUUUCAGAAGGGCGAGGCCUCCCGGGAUAUCUACAGUCCGGACUACUUUAUGAAGCAGAACGUCGUGCUGGUCACCAUAAGCUACAGGCUGGGCGCGCUGGGUUUUCUGAGCUUGAAGGAUCCGAAGCUGGAUGUGCCGGGCAACGCUGGUCUGAAGGAUCAGGUGCAGGCCCUGCGCUGGAUCAGCCAGAACAUUGCGCACUUCAACGGCGACCCGAACAACAUAACACUCAUGGGCGAGAGUGCGGGCGCCGCAUCCACGCACAUCAUGAUGACCACGGAGCAGUCGCGCGGCCUCUUCCACAAGGCCAUCUUGCAGUCGGGCUGUGCGCUGUCCGCCUGGGCGGAUACGCCGGAUCGCAACUGGGCCUUGAGGCUGGCCCGCCAGAUGGGCUACAAGGGCAGCGAUGCGGAGGAGGAUGUACUGCGAUACCUGACCAAGGCAUCGGCUCGGAAAAUCGCCUCGCACGACCAGGAGGUUGUGACGCAGGAUGAGCUGCGGAGCUUCUAUCUGUACGCCUUUGGGCCCAUAGUGGAGCCCUAUGAGAGCGAGCACUGCGUGGUGCCCAAGCCGCACAAGGAGAUGCUGGCCAGCGCCUGGGGCAAUAGCUUGCCGCUGAUUGUGGGCGGCAACUCGUUCGAGGGUCUCUUCUCGUACCAGCUGGUGCGCAACGAUCCCUGGGUGAUGAGGAACUUCCACAAUAUUAUUCCGCGCGAGGUCAGCGAGUCGAGCACGCCGGAGCAGGUGGACCAGCUGGUGCGCAGGCUCAAGCAGCUCUACUUCGGCGACGAGCAACGGGAGUGCAUGAAACUAUUCGAAGCUCUCGACAUAUUCUCACAUAGGCAAAUCUGGCACGAUCUGCAUCGCAUGGUAAUGGCACGGCUCACCUAUGCGCCGGCCACGCCCACCUACCUCUAUCGCUUCGACUUCGACUCGCCGCACUUCAAUCAGUUUCGCUGGCUCGUCUGCGGCGAGCGUGUGCGCGGCGUUUCCCAUGGCGACGACCUCUCCUAUCUGUUCUACAAUGUGCUGGCUAGCAAGCUGAGCAAGUCCUCGCCGGAAUAUCUGACCAUCCAGCGCAUGGUGGGCAUGUGGACAGCCUUUGCGGCCAACAGUGAUCCCAACUGCUGGGCCACCGACUCCAACAAGUGGAUGCCAGUGCAGCUGACGCCAGACCGAGCUCACAACUGCCUCAACAUCGGCGCCGAGAUGGAAAUGAUGGCUCUGCCCGAGGCCCAGGCUCUGGCCAUAUGGGACACAUUCUACGACCAAGACGCUCUCUACUGAGCUAUUCCAAUGCUAGAAAUUCCAAUCUUAUGUAUAGAAAUACCAAACCGACAGACGAUAGUCUUCUAGACUAUAUCUCUGUAUGUGUGUAUGUAUGUACUAAUUCGCAAG